AUGGUUCCACCCCCGGGCAUCCAAUCCACCACUCCGCCACCCCUGCCACUCCCAUACUGGGGAGCUGAAUUCCCCACCUCCAUCGGUCCCCUAAACUGGUAUUCACAGAUGCCUCAGACUAUGAUGGAACGGUUCUCAAUGGCAAUCACGAAGCCCGGCAAAACCGCUAAGAAAAAGACGCACAUAAAACUGCCCAUCACGAAGGAAAGCCCCUUCAAACAGCUACCAAUGGAUUGUUGGGUCCACAUUGCAGGUUAUCUGUCACAACAGGAUCUUCUUUCCCUGUCCCAAGUUUCCAAAGCACUCAAUUCUGCAGCCGAACCCCAUCUUUACAAGCGGAUCGAGUUUGACUGGUACGACCCUCCGCUGCUUCGGAUUCUCGCUUUACUGGACAUCAUCCAGAAACGACCCCGACUAGCUGACUACGUUCAAUAUGCUAGCUUCCUCUCUCCCCGGGUGGUUCAUGUGCCUCGCAGAUUGGAGUUGUAUAACUCUGGUUCCAGUCAGACCCUCAAACGCCUCUACCCGGAGGUGCAUUCGUUUGCUAAACGUCAGUUCAGAAGAGCGGGUCUUAAACUUGGAUCACGGUGGGGAGAAUAUCUGAGAUUCGGACAUGUCUAUGCCUAUGCUGCUGUGCUUGUCUCUCAGUUCAGGAACCUCCGAGAUCUUCGGCUGGAUUAUCAAUUCCUCAAAAACCCUCAGUUCAUGAUGUGGGUCAUUGAGCAUGGUAGAAAGCUUGCCGCGUACCCCGACUCACGCCAGGCACGGAAUUGUUCUAUCUCCAAAUUCCAUCACCUCAAGACCAUUGACCUGGGAAGCAACCUGACUUGGCGUUACCAGCGCGGAAAGGAAAACGUCUCGUAUGGCAGCGACAGCGUCCUCAGCUUGCUGGAUCUACCUAACCUUGAGUCUAUGGCAAUUUUCCUGCGAGGUACCAUGUUGAUCGAGAUCACUGAGGGGAUUAAGGACGAUCCGGCCCUCGUGAACAUUCGAAAGCUUGCUAUUUCUGGAACGACCAAUCGCAAGGGUGCCUCGGUGCCUACACUGAUACGCUUCUGGACUGACAAAGAAGGCCGCCCCUGGGGAUGGAAAAGCCACCUCUUCUGCGAUCUGCUGCAGAGUUUCUUCCGCUUGGAAUCCCUGAAUGCGCCGGCCUCCUUUUUCCUUCGAGAGGAAUUGGUGGAAUUUGACCGGGAGGCCACCCAACCUCGCCUCAGAGACGCGCUCCCGGAAACUCUUCAAGAACUUUGGGUCCAGGUUGACUUUGGAAAGGAUACACGCCAGUUUACCCGCUUCCUUCAACUCCUGGAAGCCUUCCUUGAGAACAAACCCCGUGAAGCCCUGCCCAAUCUCCGACGCAUUUGUCUCUGGAGAGGAGUGGACUGGAUCCAGACCGUGCACCACACUGCCUUGACCUCCAUCUUGCACGUUUAUCAACUAGCUUUUGCGGCAGGUAUUGAGUUUGGAUAUGACGUCCCGUUCAACCACAUGGGAGGGCUGCUCAAGGAGCUCUGA